AACACAAUUGUUGCUCAGCGCAAUACGUAGAAUGGUCGCGGUUCUGCCCAAAUGUUAAAGUUUUGUUUUUCUGUACUGCUUAUCUUGCGUCUUGUUGCCAGAAGAGCCUCGAUAAAAAUCCUCUGUUAAAUCGAAACGCAGUCGAAGUGUGUAUUCCUAGAAACGUUAAGCUAGAAGUACGGAUGCAGGGGAGCAUUCGCGGUACCGAUCUAAUUGUCAACGCCUUCUACGAUUCUUUGUUGUGUUGUUGCGAGCCGUGACGACUUUCUUUCUGUUGCCGUCUUCUGAUAGCAUGAGAAUGUUUGUGGAGCCCGUAGAACAUGUAGGGUAGAAUUAGUCAUCAGUGUUUCGACAUAGGCUGGAAAGUUUGCGGUUAUAUACAGCAUCCAACGAUUACCAAAACGUGUAUCGAACUGUAACAACACUUUAUUAGUUUAACAUGCCGAGAGAAAAGCGUUUAAUAGACAUCGAUAGCAGUGAUGAUGACAAUAUCGAGGCGGCCAGUGUUCGCAAUCGGCGUCGUUCGCAGAAUGAACCAACAGACUACAAUAUUCCCGUCACGUCUGAAGCAGAUGCCGAUCCUGCGUUUAACUUAAAUAGGAGGUCCAAGGAAACGUCCCAGUAUGAGAGCCUGGACUACGAUGUGUGUGAGAAUGUUCUGUGGCGUCGGGAACAGACGAAGAUCAAGCCUAAGUUCACAGUACGGAAGGAUUUCUCCCGUUGGGUAAUAUCGCUGCAGAUCGGUGUCUGCACUGCGCUCGUUGCGUGCUGCAUCAACAUCGUGAUCGAGGAGGUAUCGCGGCUUAAGUACGGUUUCCUGAAGCACCAAGUGGAUGAAAAUGUGCUACGAGGUGAUCUGAGCAUUCCCUAUCUGUACUGGUCGCUGCUAAAUCUCAUACCGGUCAUCAUCGGAGCCACGUUGGUCGCUUACGUUGAGCCAGUUGCUGCUGGCAGUGGCAUACCGCAAGUGAAAUGCUACUUGAACGGCGUGAAAGUACCACGAAUCGUGCGCAUCAAGACGUUAGCUGUGAAGGCGGUUGGUGUGGCCACAUCCGUGAUCGGUGGACUGGCCGGUGGAAAGGAAGGACCGAUGAUUCACAGCGGUGCGGUCAUAGCGGCCGGAAUUUCACAGGGUAAAAGUACUACCUUUCGGCGCGAUUUGAAGAUUCUGCAGCACUUCCGUGAUGAUCACGAAAAGCGUGACUUUGUGGUCGGAGGUGCCGCAGCUGGUGUAGCGGCUGCUUUCGGCGCACCGAUUGGUGGGAUCCUGUUCUCACUCGAGGAGGCGGCCAGCUUCUGGAACCAGAGUCUUAUCUGGCGUACGUUUUUCGCAUCGAUCAUCAGCUCGUUCACGUUAAACCUUAUCCUGUCGGCAUAUCACGGAGUGAGCAGCUUCCAUUACCGGGGCUUGUUUAAUUUGGGCGAAUUUGCACCGCUCCCGUUCGAGUACUUCGAGCUGCCAAUCUUCAUGCUGAUGGGCGUAAUGGGAGGUUGCUCGGGAGCACUGUGGAAUGCAGUAAAUAGCCGAAUAAAUAUGUUUCGGGCGCACGCUCUACAGCAACGUUGGGCAAAGGUGUUGGAAGCUGCCUUUGUUGCCGUUCUGGGUGCAACGUUUGCCUGUAUAAUGAUUUACACGAUCAAUGACUGUCGUCCGCUGGGAAAUGAUCCGACCGAGCAUCCGGUGCAGCUGUUCUGUCAGGAUAAUGAGUAUAAUGCGGCUGCUGCACUGUGGUUCCAAACGCCCGAGGCAACGGUGAAGGCACUAUUCCACGAUCCACCCGGAUCACACAAGAUCCUUACGCUGGCAGCGUUUGUGCUCAUCUAUUAUCCACUGUCGUGUGUAACGUACGGACUAAGCGUUUCUCUGGGCAUUUUCAUUCCAACUUUGCUAAUUGGCGCCGCCUGGGGACGUUUGAUGGCGUCCUUUACAGUGCUCGCAUUUCCUGCAUCGAGUGCGUUUGUUUCUCCUGGAAAAUAUGCUCUGAUUGGGGCAGCCGCCCAGCUUGGAGGCGUAGUUCGCAUGACGUUGAGUUUGAGCGUUAUUUUGCUGGAAACGACGGGAAAUAUUGGAUUUAUUUUACCCAUCAUGCUAACGCUGAUGACGGCCAAAUGGAGCGGAGAUUAUUUCAAUGAGGGCAUCUACGAUAUCCAGAUUCGCACAUCCCGCGUGCCUAUGCUACCGUGGCACGUCGAGCCGGAGUAUCAGAAUCUUUCGGCCCGUCACGUCAUGGCUCGACCGGUGGUGUGCGUACGGAUGGAGGAGAAGGUUCAAUACCUGAUGGACAUACUAAAAAACACUUCCCACAAUGGUUUUCCCGUGAUUGAAGACGGUGAUGAUGGUUCACGCGUCAACGGACGACUUAUAGGAUUGAUUCUGCGUUCCCAGCUGGUGGUGAUAUUGAAGCACAGCUAUUACCAGGAAGCGAGCAGCUUCUGGGAAUCAACCGUCAGCAUUGAAACGUUCCGCGAUGCAUACCCGCGUUAUCCAGCCGUGGAGGAUCUGCACGUCAAUGAGCAUAAGAGGAGCGGAAAGUUCUCGGUAAACAUGGAAAUGUUCAUGAACCCUUCGCCGUACAGCGUGGAGGAGGGUACAUCAGUGCCACGCAUCUUCCAGCUAUUCCGGGCCCUUGGUCUGCGCCAUCUUGUCGUGGUGUCAUCGGAAAACCGCGUGCGUGGCAUUAUUACGCGCAAGGAUUUUUUGAAGCAUCACUAACUUCUCUCUACAUAUGUUUUUAUAUGCCAAAAGUGAAUGCGAUGUUGUGUUUUGUUUUACUGAGUAAGUGCCCAUGAAGAGGGUGUAGUUUUACUUUAAGGACUAAUAGUAGCGUAGGAUUAGUUGCAGGCGUAUACAUUCGGUUGAAGAAGCGUUUCUCAAUACUGCGUAUGAAGCUGAAUAUUUGAUAGGUAUGUGUGCCUUCAUCUUGAAUGAACUGGAACUGUAUAGAGAGAAUGCUGUGAGCAGCUUUUUUGAAAGGCGUUUAGAUUGUUGUCGUUUACAUGAUAUUCCCUGAUUCUUCAAGAUUGAUAAAGAAUAAUUUUA